AUGAAUUCAAUUGCAGAGGAUGUUGGCAUGCAGGUGAAUCACCAACCACCUGUCAUCUAUGUUGUCAACAAUUGUGAUAAUAAUAAUAAUAAUAAUAGUGCUGCAGCUGAUCAACUACAAUAUUGGAAGGAAGAGGCAAUCAAAUGGGAAUCACUUUGUAAACAAUACCAAAAGGAGUCUGAAGAUCUUCGUUGCAAACUGGAGGAUUUGAGUAUAAGAUAUUAUGAACUACUUAGUCACAGCAGUGGUAGUAGUGGUAGUUUAGGUAGCGAUCAUAGUAGUAGCAGUGCCAGUAAUAUCAACAACAACAACAAUAUGAACGUUGGAAACAAAACAGACAGCAGUAGUUUGGAAAAAUCAACAACGACAACACCAUCAAAAUCCAAACUAAACAGUAGUAGCAAUGGUACAACUCAACCAGUAUCGAUUGGAAGCGUGAAGAGUAGCACCAGUUUCUCAAGGGAAUCAGGUUCAUCAUCUGCACUCGAUAGGAUAUUCCUGUCAAAGUCACUGCCUGACCAACAUCAGAUCGUCGAGAACGAGAAGGACAAGGAGAAGAAGAAGUCAAAGAAGUGGAACAACUUGAUAAAGUUCAACCAUCACAGCAGCAGCAGUAACAAGAAGCAUCACAACAACAACAAUAAUAAUAGUAGUAGUAGCAAUAGUAAUAAUGUCAGUGGAAUGUUAUCAUUCUCAUCAUCACAUUCAUCACCAGCACUUGUAGUGUCACCAUCCAAGAGUGAUAGUAAGAAGGACCAACAACACCUUGCAACACCAGACACUACUAAUGAGUCUGCUCCACUGUUCUCCUACAAUGAGCGUGGCUUGAGCUCACACUUCCAUCAUCUACCGAGACUCAAUGUCAAACCCAUCCUAUCAAAGUCAAGAGCAUGUCUCAAGUUCUCUGGCCCCGACUACCCUGCUGCCAAGCAGGCCAACAUUGUUGCCGGUGGUCCCAAGACACUGUAUCAAGUGGAGUAUGGCAACAGCAUCAUGGCCAUGUCAACAAGCACGUAUCCUUACUCGAUAGGAUCGUUAGGCAGAGAUGGUGAUCCAAUUGCCGAUCGAUAUAAUUGCGUGGUGUUUGAGAAUCGUCUCGUGGCAUGUCUGGCCGACGGUUGCAAUUGGGGCUCUCGACCAAAGGAGGCGGCACAAAAGGCAAGCGAUGCCUUCAUCGACUACAUCCUGACAAAGAACGACACUAUUCAAGAUACAAAGCAGAUUGGAAAGAUACUCUUCGAUGCUUUUGAGACAGCCCACUACGCCAUCAUGAAGGGCAAGGGUGACUACUCAGAGGCUGGCACCACAACCGUACUUGGAGGAGUGUUGUUGGAGAUCAACAAAGGUGAUGACCGAUGGGCACCCGAAUGGGAGUUUGUUCUUGCCUCUGUUGGAGACUGCAAGGCCUAUCUGAUAUCGGUGGAAGGUGAAAUCUGCGACAUCACCGAAGGCAACCGUAUCAAUCUGGACCCCAAGGACUGUGGUGGCCGUCUGGGACCGCAUCUGGAAGAGGGUCGUCCAGACCUCAGGAACAUGAACAUCUUUUGUGCCAGCGUCAACAAGGGCGACAUCAUUCUUAUGGUUACGGAUGGAGUGUAUGACAACCUGGAUCCACAUCAUCUUGGCAAGACCCAAGAGGAGAUAUCACACGAGGUGGACCUGUCCGAGUCUCGAUGGGCCGAUGUCGAUCUCACCAAGACACACAAGGCCAAAUCAGCAUACACUACUGCCUUUUUGGAAUCAUUGCUCAAGAAUGAGAAGACACCAUCACAGAUCACACACAAGCUGAUAGACCACUGUUGGACCACCACUGCAUCGUCCAGGGCAUUUAUGGAGAACAAUCCAGGUAAACAUCUGCCACAGGACUAUGUCAAGUAUCCAGGUAAAAUGGAUCAUACAACGAUCAUCUGUUUCACAGUGGGUCACUUUGACAUUGCCGUGGAUGAACCGAUCAACUCAUCAUCAUUCCCAAUGUCACUAAGUCCAUCAUCAUAUCUUACACCAUCACUAUUUGACACACCGACCGCCAGUUCAUUUACACCACCGAGUAACAUAAUUCAUCCUUAA